AUGGAGGAGGACUCGGAUGAUGACCAUAGAAGGCAGAGAGCCUCACAUUCCCGCCAUGUCAUGGAAGCUGUGGGUGAGAUAGCCAAACUCAGACAUACCGCAAACUUCGAUAGAAAAAGGGAAAAACGAGAUGAUGCUUUUCGUGUUCUAGGUCUUCUUCCAGAGCAAAAAAUUACGGCUACCUUGCGAAUGCUUUCAUAUGAAGCAUCUGCAGAUCAAGUCGAUGAGAUCGCGAGGAUGGGAAAAACAACUGUUUUGGAGUCCCUGAUGCGGUUUUGCUUUGCAAUUGAAGCCCUGUACACCAAUGAGUACCUCCGGAAACCCACGCCAAGGAACAUGCGAAGGCUUCUGAGGGAGGGAACUCAGAAUGACCUAAAUGUCCUUGCUCAAUCUCCAGUGUUUGACAAUUUGCUACAAAGAAAAUCGUCGAAAUGCACAUAUUGGGUUAAUGGCACUAAAUAUGACGGACCAUACUACCUUGCAGACGGUAUUUACCUAAGGUGA